CUGUAUCAACCUGACGUUUAUUUUGGGUUUCGCGAUUGAUUUUAAUUCGGAUUGUAAUUAGUUUUAUAUCGCAGUUGUAUUUCUUAUAGAGUUGGGAUGAAAUUAAUAGUAAUAUUAUGUUCAUAAUGGUUUACUGUUCUCAGACUGUCAUUUCCAAACUAUGAAAAUGAUUAAAACGUAGUGACGAAAUUACCGGUUGCGAAAAUGUCUGUCCCUGAUGAUAGUGAAGAUUUCAUAUUUCGUCCACAACAACAUUUAGACACGAAAUGGCUUAAUCCUGACUUACAAGAUGCUUUACAUAAUCCAGAGUCUCAUUGCACCUUGUUUAAUAGUUUGCUUCAAGAUAGAGAAAUAUAUUUUGAUGCAACAAAUGGUCUUGUGAAUUCGGCAGGAGUUACAGCAAAACUUGGAGAAAGUGGCAAAUAUUACUGUGGCCUCAGGAUAUUAACAUGCACUUGUUGUGAUGGACUUUGUGGACCACAUUCAGGUUGUGCCUGUGCACCAUGUACUGCACUAUCUACCGAAGAAGACAUGCGUAAUGCCAUUCAAGCUAAAAUUAUUGUACCACCAUCCUCAGUGCAAGUAAUAGAUGAUUUGAAAUGGAAAUUAGAUCCAGGACCUGAAUGCCUUCAAAAUUUGAUGGAAUCUCUGCUGUGGGAGCAACGUGUAAGAGCUAUUAAUACAGCUCUUAGUUGUCCAUACAUCUCACAAAUCCGCCGCUUGAUAGUUUUAUGCAAUAGACAUCUCGUAGCAGUUAUUAGAGACAACAUACAUAAUAGAGAAGAAAAAAAAGUAAAGGUUGAUAAAAAGUCUAUCCAGGCAGUUAGCAACAGAGCUUUAAGCAAUGUUGUUAAUAGUCUAAAGAAACCUGUCGAACUAUCCACUGAAAGCCAGGAUGAUGUAGAAGACCAAGCUGACGAUUCUGAGAAUGCCUUUGGAUUAGCGCGCGUCGGAGCAAGAGCAGCGCUGCGUCUGGCAUUGUCGUUAGUAAGGCGGGCGUGGCGUUGCGGCGAGGACGCCGACGUAUGUUCCGCGCUACUACGAGACGCUUUGGACGCAGUACGCGCACUGCCCGACGCUGCGCUUUUCGCCGGCGCCACUGCGGCGCAGCAAGCACCUCGUUCACAGAAGAUAUGGGCUGAAGUUGUCGAUAGCGCUGCGAAAUUUCUACAUCAAGUUGUGGCUGGGGAAGUGGGUUGCAAUGUGCCCCUAGGAGAUUGGCGCACGUCACUUUGUGUAUGGGUCGAGUUGUGUGCGCGCCGAGCAGAAUUACCCGCUUUGUUGAAAGCUGCAGAUGUUCUAGUCACUCUACCUCCGCGACAGAAAAGGCAACCAGAUAACAGAAUAACUUUAGAAGAAUGUACAGCACCUUUAGGACCAUUUUUAAGGAGAAUGGCUAAAGUUACCGCGUCCAAUCCGUCUAUCAAUAAUGAGCCAAGCACUGAACCCAAUCCCACAGAAAUAUAUUUAAAGGAACUGAAUAUACCUAGUGGCGAUGGAUUAAUGGAGGUGCGGAAAGCCGGUAUAGCUUUAUUAUGUCACUUAGACAGGCUUGGAGCCCCUCUACUACCGCCACUAAAAGGAUUUGUCACUUGUACCGAAUCGGCUCAAGAAGUUAUAUCGGUGGGCGCAGGGCCAUUGCAGCUAGGUGCUUUAAGAAUUCAGCAAAUCUCAUGUGCGGAGAAGCUGGCACUGUUGCUCACAUACGAUGGUGCCGUUUAUACUCUGCCUUAUGAUACUAUGACGCCCCAACUUGUUCCUGGUCUCGAAAACAAAACAAUAACGCAAGUGGCAUGCCACUCCAUCGGCCGCCACUAUCUCUGCUGUUCUUCGUGCGGUGGUGUGUGGUCGUGGGGCAUAGGUGAAGACGGGCGGCUGGGGCACGGAGACACGGCGCCUAGGGAUGCGCCCGCCUCUAUACACCACCUGGCGCACCACGAGGUGGUCAAGGUGGCUGCGGGGAUCGCGUGCAGUGCUGUUAUAACAUCUCGAGGCGCCUUAUACACUUGGGGCCGUGGUACGCAAGGACGUUUAGGACAUGGCACCAUCGAAAACUGCCUGACUCCACAACCUGUCUCAUUCAGCGCUCAUAACAUCGAGCGAGUUAUCGACAUUGCGUUAGGUUGGGGUGAAAGUCAGACCCUCUGUUGCACUUGGGAAGGCGCAGUCCAAGUGUUUGGCGACAACGAAGGCGGCAUGCCCAGAAUCCUUACGUCACUCGCGGUACUGAGAAUCACACGCCUCUACACUGGUGAACAUUGGCAUGCGGCACUCACUGAUGGAGGUCAAGUUUAUACAUGGGGCAAAGGAGAUGGAUAUCGACUUGGUCAUGGAAAUUCUGAUACCAUCAAAAUUCCUAAAGUAGUAGAGGCUUUUCAAGGUUUGAAGAUAGUUGAUUUGUCCUUGGGUGCUUCACAUGGAAUAGCAUUGACUUCUGAGGGUACAUUGUAUGCUUGGGGAACUCACGAGAGAGCCCAAAUAUCUAGUCCUGUGCCACAACUAUUGCAAGUAUUGAAUCAAUCUUUUAAAGCAAAUGGUGCUACAAGUGGACCUAACCAAAUAAUUGUUUGGAGCGAGGAAACCCCUAGAGAUUUGCCUUCUUCCUUGCCAUUUGUUAUAGAUUUAUCAGAUAACACAUUCAAAUUGUUAGAGCGGCUGUUACGAAUAGUAGUCGAGCAAAACAAUGCUGCGUCCAUAAAAGAGAAUGAAUCUUUGGCUAUAUCAUGUCUCAACCUUCUUCGAUUACAAGUGCACGCGUGGCAGUGCUCUCACGGUGCUGAGUUAGAAUUGGGCGAUAAUGAAAAGUCGUGGUGUAACGGAGUCCAUUCCGCUCUAGUGGCGUUGGUGGAAGGGCGAGCUGGCAACGUUGCGGCGGCGGCGGCCAGACGCGCACUAGCCGCCGCCUGGCCGCUGCUGCUGCCCACGCCGCAGAUUAGGGCGCAGCAUCUCAUAGCACUGCUGCCUCAAGGUUCCGCACCAGCUAGCACAGGCGCCCGGUUCAUGACGGAAUUGCUCGUAUGGUCACUACUGGGCGGAGGUGGACUUAGGGAUGCCUUACGAAAUGCCUUGCAAUCUCAUUCCAUAGAUGCUUACAACCACUUACAGCUUGACGUGGAUUAUGAUCAAGUUGAUAUCGUAACUGGUCAAAGGAGUGUUCAAACUAACAAUGGAGAUGAUGCUGAACCUGUUAGAGGUUGCACGGAGGAAUAUCAAAUUAACAAUGCCAGCAUCACAGACAAGGGUGCGUCUGUGCCUUUAAUGCAUUUGGUGAAGCAUCUUAUUCGUAAUACGAGUUGCCAGACCCAAAUGCAUAUCAAUGGCAUAAUCAAUGGGGAUACAACAAAAACAGACGACCCAAAAGGUCAUGACACCGUCAGCCCUAGUUGUGACUUGUUAAUUCGAUUUCAAAGGCUGUUAUUCUGUGAAGCGAUGUGGACCCGUGGUGGUAGGAGCACGCGUGGUGGAGUGCGUAUCUUAAUUACGCAAUAUACUGCGUUACUAGCGGAUCAUGUACAGUCAACACUUAGUACUUUCAGUCGUGCAGUCCAUAGAGCAGACGAUGCUCAAUUGGUUGCGCUGUGUGAUGUGAUAGCUUCUGAUAUUGUUGGUCGCGUAAUCAGCGAAUUGUGUGCGUGGAUAGUCUCCUGCGCUGCUAGAAGCGCGUGCGCAUUGGCCGAAUGCAAUUCUGCGUUAGUGAAGAUAGCUCGAGCUUGCGAUGAGGCCGCAAGAGUAUUGCCAUCUGCGGCGAAACUAGACGCCGACUUACUUGGAUGGCCCGGCCUUAUAUCAAGAAGACAUCAGCUGAACAAUAGUGUUAUACGCAAGUGCGAUCUACACAACCACACCAAAGAAGGCGGAUCGUGGAUAAUAGUCGCCGGUCACGUGUUCGACGUAGAGAACUUCGAAUGCGACAACGCCAGCACCACGGAAUUAAUCCGCAAGCUGCGCGGUUGCGACGCCACCGCGGCGUUGAGCGUUGAACCGCACGCGGCGUAUUUGUCUCGAAUCACGGCAAAAUGUGUCGGUUUAUACGCUGACCAGAUCUACAGCCACAAAUGUCACGAAAGCUCGUCGAGUCUCCGUGCCCAUCACAUUUUGUCGUCUUGUGCGUUCAAUCUCGCGGUGGGCUUGACACAAUGCGGAUCGCGACUAGCUAUCUCGCUCCCAGUGCAACAAGCUGAAAGGGAUGCUGCACCGUACGCCGCCGCGGUUUUCCUUAGGGGUGGAUUACAAGUCUCCCAGUUGACGAAUCCGUUUGAAGAAGAGAAAGCGGAAGCUCGCAGCGGUUCAUCCACUGGCGGUAAUAGCCCUGCUAGUGACGCCCCGCCUUCGAGAACUUCAAGACCCCCUCCCCGCGUCAACGUGGCAUCGUCACCAGCGAAAGCCGAAGCCUUGUUAUUUGCACUCGCUGAGCCGAAGUUACAUGAUCCCCUUGCGCUGCAUCUAUGGUGGGCGUGCGAAAGGCGUGAAGGGUGUGCUCCACAUUUUCCACCCGAACAUCCAUUGGAGGAGCUUCGGAGAGCACUGCUCGCUGCUUUGCUAUUCCAUGCUGGCUUGAAGGAGCACGCUUUGGCUACGGCAACAGCAGAAAUGGAAAAAGGUGAAGUGAAACUGUCGCCGGCCAUGUCAGAAAUCGUGAAAGCUGUACAGCAAAGCAAGUGGACUCUCAUGCGAACUAGACAACAGUUGUCGCGAGGAUACAAAGAGGUAUGCGCCGCACCAUUAGAGCGGGCGAGGUUCUUACUUCACGAAGUACGCGCGGCCAUAUCGCCCGCAGUUAGCGCCCUGCACUCGCGGCCGCCCUCGCGGCGGGCCUGCACUGCGAAGAAGAUGUUCCGGAAGGUUAUGAAAGCAGCUAAGACACCCAGUUUUAAUAAAUGUUUUGAAACCACAAAGGACUUGCGAAAUAGACAAAACAGCUUAAGUAAAAGCAUGCUUAAAGCAACCGGCAGCUUACUUCAGGGCGACGCCUUACUUAUAAAAUCUUCAAUAGCUAACGCAAGCAAAACUCCGGACGAUGCUCCGAGCAUCAUCGUAGAACACCCUAGAGGACACAUAGAUUACAGUGGCGACAAAGAAAUUGCUGGCCAGGGCAAGAAAAAAUUAAAAGUCAAAGAUAAACCACUGGAAAAAGAUCUGAAAAAUGCUUCGAAUAACGAUGGCAUGCGCAACGAAGGACGUAGCGAAUACAAAGUGACUGAGAGAGAAGAUGUACUAGAUAAAGAUAACGAUGACAAAACUCCUACUAACGAAAUAUCUUUAAGUUCUAUUAAUGAUAUUACUGAUAACUCGAUUCUCAAAGAAUCUUUAGAAAGCGAGAAACAGGUAUUGCUGCUCGCCGAUGAUCUCAAAAAUGAUCUCAUAAUGGCUGACGAAGAGAAGGAUGAUGAUAAUUCUGAAAGAAAUAAAUUUGUGAAUGCUUGGGUUUCAAAAUUAUCUUGUGAAAAGAAAGAUCUGUAUUGGUUGUUGGAAGAAGUGACGCCUGAACAACAAAGCUUGACAAUGGCUGUGAUUGAUUUUGUAAUGACUGAAGACCCCUGUGAUAUUGAUAUUCUAAGAAGAGCUUUGUAUUGUCAGGUUCAAAGAGCGGAAAUAAGAAAAAAAGGCUAUAAUAUUAUCAACAGUAUUCUACAUUCCUCGCAAACGAUGUCGGAAAGCGUAAAAUAUGCAGCCUUGGCGGGUUUGUUGGGUGGUUCUAUGGCGGAUUCUGUGCCUUACGCCCCUAUUAAGCCGACCAUCCCUCUAGCCCCGCCACUGAAAGGCAUCGAAUCUGUGAUACCAUACUCAAAGUACAUGGUGCUUUUGGAGAGGUCGAAAUUGAUGGACUUUAUUCUCAUAGAGUUAAAGGCGAGAAUCCUAGAAGGAGAACAGAGUCAACCUUUGCCUUUGAAAAUGAGUGCUAACUAUGGUGCACAUGCGUUGUUGAAUCGACCGUCUAGAGCAAGAUUUCUUAUAACUUUACUGUCCCUUCUUAUUGAGGGAUGUCAAGGACCAGAAUUAGAACAACUAAUAAACGGAGGAGCUCUCAGCUCCUGUCUUACUUUGCUAAAGCAGAUAGGAGGAGACACAUCGCAACACGCAUCACUUAUAUGCAACGGAAUUAAAUCCAAAUCGGAUUGCCUAAUAAUUUACGAGGACGAAAGACUUGGAGCUCGCGCUCGUGGUGCCUCACUUUCUGGGCCAGAGUUAGCAUCGUUGAUGAAAAUAGGCACUCGUGUUGUUAGAGGCAAAGACUGGAAAUGGGGCGAUCAGGACGGUGUACCGGGUGGAGAAGGCCGGGUGAUUGGAGAAUUAGGUGAAGACGGAUGGGUCCGAGUGGCGUGGGACGCGGGAGGUACUAACUCUUACCGCAUGGGCAAAGAGGGCAAAUACGACCUCAAAUUGGCUCGAUCGCCCUCCCCGCCCCCUUCUGUGGAUGAGACGAUACAUGGGAAUGUCGCAGAUAAUAACAUCGAGUGGUGGCCUGUAAGCGAAGUACGUGCAGCGUGUACUUGCGCCGUACGAGCUAUGUGUGCUACCGCGGGCGCAAAUGGGAGGAAUACGGGCGUAGUCGGCGCCACCGCGCGCAGGAACGUAGCGGCGCUGCAGCGUAGACUGCUGGCGUUAGCGCAUGCACACUCUUCCCCACCACCCACUGCCUUCGCGGCGCACCAACAUACUGCACUGGCGUUGCUUAGGGCCAGCGCUCAAAGUACCGAGAUGAGAAUAUCACUCUGCACCGACUCCUGGUUUGAGCUUUGCUACAGUAUAAUAUCUGCAGUAGACAAACCUAUUACUCAAGAUCUCAUCUACUUACAAAUACAAUCGCUUUGGUUACUACGGCGUGUACUGGUCGAACAUACUGGUAGUAGUGAAUGGAGAAGGACUAUAGUCGCUCAAAUGCUAGCCCUAAUAGGGCGACUGUGGCUUGAAACGCAUUCCGGGGAUCCUGCCCUUAGACCUUACCAUUAUGCACUAGCUGCUCCCAAUGACGAGGAGGAAGUUGACAAUAGAUGGCGUGCGCCUGCGACUGCAAGUUAUACAGGAGCAACUUGUGCUGCUCUAGCACAGCUUGUAAGACAAUUACACGGAGCAACACAAUGGCAUGCCCCUGUCACUGCUUUGCUUUUAGAAAAACUACAAUUAGCUGCCCAAUUAGUGACAACAGACUGGCAUUGGUGGCCUCAUACUAGUCAAGAUUUAACACAAACCAUAAAGCCAUCACCACCCAGUCUUGAUACCUGUCUGAUCGCUGGAGCUUUAGGUGUUGUAGGCGCAGUGGAAUGUCGAGUAAGAUUAGGGCAACGAGUGACUGCAGGAUCUCCGCCCCGAAACGCGAUAGUAACACAAUUGUCCCCUAGAGCUAAAAUAACGCUGGUAUACGAUGACAAUACUAUGACCAAGACCGAGCUAAGUGGACUUGAAAGUGCAGAAAUUGAACGUUUGCCACAACCUCUCGGCGGCGGUGAGAGUAGUUUACGCGUCUGCGCAGCUUUACUUGGAGCUGGACCUCAUACCUCUUCCAUACAUCCUCAUCAUUUACCUGCCGAAGUGGAUUUAUUUGGACUCAGACGACAACAGAUGGAACUACUGACACUUUGUGCAGUGAGAGGCCUGCUCACAACACGUACACGACUUCGGAAGGUUUUGAUGCAACCACCUGAUAGCUCUGGUACCACGGAGCGUAGUUCAGUACUGGGUAGUGAAGCGACGCUGCUCCGUCGAUUGCUCGCGCUCGCGACGCGUCCGAGCCCGUUGGCCGCGUCGCACUCGCCCCGCGAACUAGCCGCCGCCGCUAUCGCUAUAGUACAGCAGUUAGCUGCGCAUACUAAUGGUGACGAUAAGGAUCACGAGCCACCGCCUGAUCUCCCAAUCAUAGACAAAAGUAAUGUUAUGCAGCUAUCUAUGGGACCAUCAACAAGUACCGCAUCUCUUUCACGGAAAGAUCUCAACACAUGGGCUAAUUCUGCACAAGUGCAGCAAGUUAUAGAAAUGGGGUUUUCAAGACAUGCAGUUUACGCUGCUAUUCAGGCAUUAGGCGGUGCCACUUUGCCUUCAGUUGAAUCACUAGUAGCAUACUUAUUGGAAUUGCCUCAACAAGGCAUGGAUGAUUCAGUAUUCGAAAUGAGACCCCACUUGUCUAAGUUAGAGAAGAAACAGACGCCGUACAGAUGGCGCAGUUGUUUCGCUUCAGAGGAAGAGUACGCGCAGUAUUUGUCUGAUGUCAUUACUCCGGGGAUGACUGUACGCUGCUGCAAAGCUUACGAAAGUGUAGCUUUGGGGGACGUUGGUCAAGUUCAGAAGGUGGAGCGUGAUAUAAAGCAAAACGUCUUUUUGCACGUGGAAUGGCGGGGCUUAGGCCGCAUUUACGGGCUUAGGGCGGUUAACGCUGAAGUAGUGUCUGGUGGACCGCCCUUCGCCGUAGGAGAUCGAGUGCGAGUGCGCGCUGCCGUUACUCAGCCGCGGUACAAGUGGGGCUGCAUCGACCAUACUAGCGUCGGCACUGUCACUGCAAUUUCGAGCAACGGGCGGGAUUUAACUGUUGAUUUUCCACAACAACCAGGAUGGACAGGGCAAGUCAGUGAGAUGGAACUUGUUACUGAUCAAUCUGAAUGGGGGGAGAGUGCUGGUGGGGCAGCAGUAGGAUGGCGGGGCGCAGUAAGAGCCGUCCGAGUGUCAUCUUGCAGACCCGGCGCGGGCGCAAGGCGAUUAUUGGAUGCGCAACCCCAUACUUACUGGCAGAGCUCCAGCGGUACUGGUCAGCACUGGAUCCGCGUCGAGAUGCGGUGCGGCGUGCGCAUUCGCCGGCUCGGUUUGGGCGUUGCGGGUGGAGCACAUGGGCCCGCGGCGUUGGCGGUUAGAGCGGGUGCAAGCUUUGAUGAUGCCGCAUUAGCGCCGCUCGCCGCCGCACCGUGUGCGCCCGCGCCUCCGCCCGCUCGCGACCGCGCGUCCCACCACCUGGCGCAGAUACAGCUGCUAGCCGACUGUAAACAGUAUUAUCCAUGCAUCGAAAUAAGUAUCAAACAGAACCGUAACGUAAAUGCUGACUGUCGCGUUCACGGUCUGUACAUAACCGGAUUCCGUCCAAAUCCACUGUACAACGACGUGUUACUUAGUAUGAACUUUGUUGCUGAAGACUGGAUGGAAAAAGAUAAUACAACAGGAGCGGUUUCAUCGGAUAACAAUCCACCGUCUUUGCCUAGCGAUUCUUCCAAAGUUUUUGUAUGGGGACUAAAUGACAAAGACCAAUUGGGCGGCGUCAAAGGAUCAAAAGUGAAGGUCCCAGUGUUCUCUCCGUCGUUAAGCGCUUUCAGACCUCUCCAUAUUGCUGGCGGAUCCAAAACUCUUUUUAUUGUUUCACACGACGGAAAACUGUACGCUUGCGGUGAAGGUACAAACGGCCGCUUGGGCCUUGGCCACAGCAAUAACGUGUCCACGCCGCGUGUGAACACGUACCUUGCGCACGCGCUCGUACGACGCGUCGCCGUACACUCGGGCGGGAAGCAUGCGCUGGCGCUAACUGCUGAUGGAAAGGUCUAUUCAUGGGGGGAGGGAGAAGACGGCAAAUUGGGUCACGGCAACCGGAUAACAUUAGAAGUGCCUCGACUCAUAGAAUGCUUAUCGGGGGAACGAGUAGUCGGUAUCGCUUGUGGCUCAGCGCAUAGCGCUUGCGUUACAGCUCGCGGCCACUUGUAUACAUGGGGUCUUGGAGAGUACGGGAGACUCGGUCAUGGUGACGAUAAUACGCAACUGCUGCCUAAGAUGGUGGAAGCUCUUGCCAACUUUAGAGUCGUGCAAGUGGCUUGUGGAUCACGUGACGCACAAACUUUAGCGCUCACAGCUUGCGGAAAGGUAUUCUCAUGGGGUGACGGAGAUUUUGGCAAACUUGGACGAGGUGGUUCCGAUGGUUGUGCGAUUCCAAUGAACAUUGAAAGAUUGAACACUCUUGGUGUGAUACAAGUUGAAUGCGGUGCUCAAUUCAGUUUGGCUCUUACAAGGGAUGGAGAGGUUUGGACAUGGGGCAAAGGUGACUUCUUUCGACUCGGCCACGGAUGCGACGCGCACGUGCGUCGUCCCACACUCGUGGAAGCUUUGCGUGGUCGCCGCGUGAUUCACGUUGCCGUCGGCGCGCUGCAUUGCCUCGCUGUCACUAGCGAGAACCAGGUUUGGGCUUGGGGUGACAAUGAUCACGGCCAACAAGGCAACGGCACCACCUGCGUGAAUCGUCGGCCGGCUAUCGUAGCCGGGGUAGAAGGGGUUCAGAGGGCAGCUGCCGGAUCAUCGCACUCGGCCGCCUGGUCUAUAAGACCUACACCACACACUGCCGUUGAUGAGGCCAAGAUUCCCCAUAUCGCACCGCUGCCGUUCCCCACGCUCAAGGAUCCUUUAGGAGCACAGAGUCUUGGCUUGUAUUCUGAUGAGGCUGUAGUAGAAGAACCGCAUGGACCGCGGCCGUCUCUAGCGGCCGCAGCCCUUGCGUUAGAACCGCCUGUGGCCGUGCAACAUGCGUUGUCUUUGAUUUUGCUCGCUCUUCAUAUAACGCAGGCACGUUGCCUCUUAGUGGAAGCCCUGAGAGCUCACGAAGCGUCGGCGGUGACGCCAGUGUCGGCUUGCAUCGACACCGAAGACGAGGACGCUGAGAACGAAGCCGACGCUCGCAUGGGGGGCGGGGAGGCGCCCGCCGAUCGAGCUACCUUGCCUAGUGGAGCGAGCAGUCCCUUGAGUGGUUCUAUAUCAUCUCGUCACUCGGCCGUCAUGUCAUCGAGCGCAGUAUCAGUCGCUGCGGCUACAAUGACCGUGCAACAAGCCGAAGCACCAAAGUUGGUUCUAGACGAGUUCACGUCACAACUAGGCGAAUCUGACGCAAGGGCUUUAGUCGACUUGCUGAAGUUGGCAGCUGCCAAUCGCAUACCAGACGCAAACAAUGCGGUUAAAAUCGUCACAGACGUUCUUAUGGCUCUAUGCGCCAGUAAGCCAGCCGUCGCGGAUAUGGUGGUAGAGGUUUGCGUUUGCGAGUUGGAGGAAGCGGCCGCGGGCGGAGGACGGGCGCCGCCGCAGCCGGUCACUGUGGACAGCCCGCAUCCGUACGCCGACGACACGGACAUAGCGGGCGUGGUGAAGAUCCCAGGGGCGUCUUCCUUGCGAGUAACGUUCGAACAAGGCUGCUCAACGGAGCGUCGAAACGAUCCCCUAACCAUAUCGGACGCUACUGGCCGUGUUCUCACCACUAGAUCUGGCAGAGAACCCUCGGAUUGGUCACAGGAGAUCAUCGUAGCUGGUGAUGAACUGCGUUGGCGUUUCACGAGUGACAGUUCCGUCAACGGAUGGGGGUGGAGAUUUACAGCACAUCCCAUACUUCCAUCGCAUUCGAACACAGAUAGCGGAUCGGACCGAUAUGUAUUGUCCAGUCCCUCUGUGGAAUUAGCUUGGCGUUUACUCGACGGACCUCUCCUAGCUACGAUAUCGAACGACCAUCAACUGGCUCCACGAUUGGCACAAGCACUCGCUAUAUGCGCGCAAAUGCCAACAUUGUCUUGGCGCGGUCGCGUGUGGUGUGUACGCCGUCUACGCGGCGUAGUUUGCGGCGUGGCUGGUGAAUCGGGCCCCCCUCCACCGCCCGCCCUCUCCCACCUACCGCAACUGCUGCAAGCGCAGUACGAGCACGAGGAGCCCGCGCUCAGGAUCGGCACGCAUCUCAUGCACACGCACUAUCUCAAGGAAUUAGCAUGGCUCGCAUGCGGUUUGCGAAUUGACACGCGCGUAUGCAGCGGUCCGGACGCCGCACGCUGGACGUGGUUUAAACGCUACUGCCUCUGCAUACGAACCGCCGACGCCUUAAUCCGACGCAGUGCAAUCCCUAUGCCGUUUUUAGCUGACGUGAGAAAAAGACUGUCAGAAUUAGGCGUCUACAACACCGAAGAGAGCAGCACAGACGCUAUUUAUCCAUGGGAGGAUAACACGAAAUUUACGCGACAACACGACGAGCAGUUACUCCAUUGGGUCAACAAACGUCCAGAAGAUUGGACUGGUUGGUGGAGCGGCGGCUCUUUAGGCUGCGCAGUUUACGGAUGGGGACAUAAUCACCGUGGGCAAUUAGGCGGAGUCGAAGGGGCUAAAGUCAGAACUCCUACGCCUUGCCUCUCACUCGCUGCACUUAAUCCAGUGCAAUUAGUGGGUGGAGAACAGACACUAUUCGCUGUCACGCCAGACGGAAAAGUUUAUGCUACUGGUUACGGAGCGGGCGGUCGUUUAGGUAUUGGCGGCAUUGAUUCUGUAUCUCAACCAACUCUCUUAGCCUCAAUUCAACAUAUUUUCAUAACAAAGGUUGCUUGUAAUUCCGGUGGGAAGCAUUGUCUUGCUUUGUCAUCGGAAGGCGACGUGUACAGCUGGGGCGAAGGGGAAGAUGGCAAACUUGGUCACGGCAAUCGCGUGAGCUACGAUCGUCCAAAGCUAAUAACAGCGCUGUCAGCGCUAGAAGUGGUUACAAUAGCUUGCGGCGGUGCUCACUCCGCUUGCCUCACAGUGCGCGGCCGCAUCUACACUUGGGGCAAGGGACGGUAUGGUCGCCUCGGCCACGGGGACUCUGAGGACCAACUCGUACCCAAAUUGGUGGAAGCGCUAGCGAUGUAUCGUGUGGUUGAUGUUGCUUGUGGGUCUGGCGAUGCUCAAACGCUCUGCAUCACAGAUGAUGAUAAUGUUUGGUCUUGGGGUGACGGUGACUAUGGCAAAUUGGGUCGAGGGGGCUCUGAAGGAUGUAAAGUACCAAUGCGAAUUGACUGUCUGAAAGGGUUGCGUGUAAUAAAAGUGGAGUGCGGUUCUCAGUUCUCUGUCGCUCUGUGCCAAGGCGGAAGUGUUUACACAUGGGGCAAAGGUGACUAUCACAGAUUAGGACAUGGCAGCUAUGAACACGUUAGGCGGCCAAUGCUAGUCACUGGUAUGCAAGGGAAAAUGAUCGUAUCAAUUGCCACUGGUAGCCUCCAUUGCGUUGCGUGUACAGACGCAGGCGAAGUUUACACUUGGGGCGAUAACGAUGAGGGUCAACUUGGUGACGGAACCACACUCGCUGCGCAAAGACCGAGGUUGUUAAUGGCUCUCCAGGGUAAACGAGUCACAAGAGUGGCGUGCGGUAGUGCUCAUACAGUGGCGCUUUGCGUGGAAGCCGCUAGGGCUCCUAGGCCCCCGCCCCCGCCACCAUUGGAAUGCCACCUACUAAGAGACCUGGCGCCCAGUCUCAUAUGCAAUAGACUGGUAUUGCUGCAUCAGUUUUCGGAGUUAGUGUGUCCGAACCUGCCGCUAUUGAUUUUAGACGGUCCUCUGGAUCACUUGCGAACCCUAUUAUUCUACAGCGUCAAGGAAGCUGCGUUUAGAAAGGCCAUAAUGGCGACUAUGGUGCGCGAACGCCAACACGGGCCAGUGGUAGAACUGUCACGGGUAGCAGCAAGACGGGCUCGUCGCGGUGGAUCAGGGCUAGCUGGUGCUGCCGGCAUGCGAUCUGUAUUCGGUCAGAUGGUAGCUCGACUACCUGCUCUCACGCACGACGCCCUCGCGUUACCACACCGAGUGUGGAAGGUCAAGUUUGUGGGUGAGAGCGUGGACGACUGCGGCGGCGGUUACAGUGAAAGCAUAGCGGAGAUGUGCGAAGAACUGCAGAACGGGUCGCUACCGCUGCUGAUGGCGACGCCGAAUGGGCGCGGCGACGCGGGCGCUUCUAGGGACGCGUUUCUAUUAAACCCCACUGCCAACACGCCGCUGCAUCUCAACUGCUUCCGGUUUCUAGGUGUUUUAAUGGGUAUCGCUAUUAGAACUGGUUCUCCUUUAUCGCUGUCUCUCGCCGAGGGUGUGUGGAGACAACUAGCUGGACAACCACUCAGGCCACAGGAUUUAGCUGAAGUCGACAAAGAUUUCUUGCCUGCCCUACUCUGCAUUAGAGAUAUGACGCCGAGUAACAAGGAAUUACAAAAUCUGGAACUACCCUUCUCCAUACCUUCUGCGGCUGGUCACGAGGUACCGCUCUCCACGCGACACAAGAGAGUAACGCCGGACAAUAAAGACGAAUACGUACAGUUAGCGUUACAUUACAGAUUACACGAGUUCGACGAGCAAGUUCGCGCGGUACGCGACGGCAUGUCACGCGUUGUUCCCGCGCCGUUGGUGGCGUUGUUUAACGCGGCCGAACUGGAGACGCUUGUGUGCGGUUCGCCGGAUAUCCCUGUACACGCGCUCCGUGCGUCCGCCACUUAUAAAGGAAUAGAGCCGAGUGCGCCGCUGGUGCAAUGGUUCUGGGAAGUGAUGGAAGAGUUAUCUGGCAGCGAGCGCGCUUUGUUCCUGCGUUUCGUGUGGGGCCGUACUCGAUUACCGCGGGCUCCGCAAGAUCCCCGCCAAAGAGAUUUUGUGUUACAGGUACUUGACAAAUAUCAACCGCCUGAUCACUUCCUUCCGGAGAGCUACACAUGUUUCUUCCUUCUCAAGAUGCCAAGAUACUCAUGCAAGUCCGUUUUACGGGAGAAGCUUAGAUACGCUAUACACUUCUGCAAGAGUAUCGAUACGGAUGAAUACGCACGCGUGGCGUUAAGUGCGGCCGAACGAGUUUCUUCCGAAGAAUCCGAUUCUGAAGGCGAACCUGCGCCUGCGCCGCUUCCUCCGCUUUACUCGUUAACUAGACCACCGACUUGGCUUUAGGUAUUCUUAUAACUAUAAGAUGCGAGAACUGGCAGUCGUUGAAACGAGAAUACAAAACUUUUUUGCAUUUUAUUGAAACAUCUUUUCCAUGUUUUAAAAAAAGUAUUAGUCAGAACUUUUAUUAUGCCGAAAUAAGUGACAUUUCUCUCAUUUGACUGGACGUUAGAUUUUUAAGCAAUGUAUCGCACUCGGGAGAUAAUAAUAGUGCGAUUUAAAAUUUAUGGUGGUUGUGAAGUUAGCAACGAGCGCAACUCCGCGCAGGUUUCAGUUUAGUGACAUCCGCUAUCCUAUCCUACAUUUCGUUUGCUGUGCCGCGACUUGCAUUAAUUUCACAGCUGCCAUUAAAUCUAGUUCAUAAUUUGAGUUGCAGUUCUCGAAUAUGACGCAAUCCUAGAUACAUCUUAGGUCCACUGGCAGCAAAUUUGCUUAAUAACAAUUACUUUUAUUACAACUAAAACUAGAUAUAGCCCAUACAAUUUUGUCAAAUUGACAUUGACGUUCUGUCAUUCUUCUAUGGUAUAGAUCUAUUUUUAGUGGAAUUAAGAUUUAGCAAAUUUUCUGCUAUUUUACCUUUAUGACCGACGACCGCGAAGUACUUGCUCGGCGUCGUUAACAUUUUGAACAUACGACACCACAUUUAAAACCCACAAAACAUAGUUUUUUCGGAUCUGGAAAUGAUGCUUCCAAUUUAAGUAUUAUACAUUUAGUUUCUUAAACAUACUAACUUUUUAGUAAAUUAAAAUAAAAUAGUUAAUGUGAUUUGUAAUAGUUUUUCAUCAACUCUGUUGUGAUAAAAAUACAUUGUAACAAGUAUGUUUUUGAUAGAAAUAAUGAUAUUUGUGUUAUGUUAAAACACAUUUGUAUUAACGAAUAACCUGUCAAUAUGCCACUCGAAGGCGAUAAUUGUUUGAGCUAAAUUUUGUCAUACGGGAGAAACUAUAAACAAUAGAGAUUGAGCUCAAACAAAUUAUAACUUUUAACUGCCUUUCCACCACUCAAACUGUAACUCAACGAUGCAAGAGGUAAAAGGCCAUCAAUAGAAUUACGUUAUUUUACUAACCUCGUGAAGUUAUGCAUCCUGGGAAACUUCUUGAGCAACGGCCAUAGACUAGGACGCCUGCGCAGUAGCAACUUUACUUACAAAAACGUCUACUGCGCAAAUAUAUUUGUCUGUGGUUUUUCUCAAUAAGUUUGCGGCGACCUAUACAGUUUUAUUGAUAACAAUACUAUUGAUGACAUUUUUCCACGCGUAUCCUUUAGGUUCCUCGUACAUAUUGUGGAACUACCAACUUUGAUGCAGUCAUGGUUAAAGUAUUUAAUACUCCAUGUGUCAUACUCAUUUGUUUGGAAAUUAUAUUGUUUUACUUUGUAUAAAAAUAUUUGAUAUUUAAGUCGCUUCCUCUCAUUCAGAAACCGUUGAGAAUAUUUAAAUAUUUAACUUCCUUAUCCUUUCGCUUUUAUUUUAUAAUAACUGAAUUAAUUUAACAUCACUCCUACCCAUUGGCCAAAUCCUAUCAUCUGUAAGUUAACCUUUUAUGUAUCCUUAUAAAAGGAUGAUAUAAAAUAGAUAUAGGGGAUAACAUUAUUGAGAUGAAAAAUAUGCUUACACAUAUAAUUAGCAGUUUUUUGCUUUAUCCCGAGACUACUCUCUAAACUAAACCUUAAACUAAAUUUGACAGUAUAUCCAUUUCGCGAUCUAUAGAGCAUGUUCUGGUUACAUCAGUAUUAAGCCCCGUGUUUUUACUUAAGAUUUGCCUUAGGUUGAUCAAUCAUUUUAAGAUUACUUGUUUUGAUAAUCGUGCAUUGAAAGCAUUCCAUCCAGUACAGCUCAUCUAUUGUAGCGCUUUUACUGAUAAUAGUGUGUGCGUAUUUUGUGUGUACGUAUUUAUACGGAAUCUAUACAACGAGAUGGCGACACUGCCGGCAUUUCAUGUUCGUGAUGUCUAUGAAUUUUUUUACGACUAGAUACUCUUUUAUACUACCGCUUACCAUCAUAAAUCAAUAUUAAAACAGAAAACAUAUCAGCUACCUAUUUUUAUUGACAGUUGUAAUUACAAAUCCAUCUUGUCAAUCAAAAUUGUUUUAUCCAAAGUAUUAUAUUCGUACAUUUUAACACAUUUCCCAAGUGGAUGUUUUGUGGAGUCAUAAAGUAAAUCAUUAUUUACAAACAGUAUUUUGUGAACAAAAAAUAAUAUUAGAAAAUAACAGUAAGAAUAUAAUAUUUAUUCCAAUAAAGUAUGUAGUAUCAAGCAUUCUCAGCUUUUAUUAUGCUAGUUAUUCUAUUGGAGUCGUGUUAUUGCAUAUUUUAUUUAAACUUAGACGGUCGUAUAUUUACUACAAACAGUGUAAUAAAUAUGUUUAGUAAAAUUUUGUAUGAUGUAUUUUUCUUAAACUCGUGUUCAGCCAAAUUUGAUGUCAUC